UGUGUUCCAGGCAAAGGCGGCGCAGAAGCAGCGCCGCCAUCUUCCCCGAAGGCAUCUUCCGGUGCCUUGCAAUUAAGUUCCAGCGGGAGUUUCCCGAAUAACAGCUAAAGGUUUCCGUUAGCCCCGCAGGAGGCCGAUUUCUAUCCCCCGCGGACCUCUGCAGGCACGCUCAGCCCUGGUCCAGCUGGGGCUUCCAAAUCCCGGGGUCCGCCAGCGCCCGGGCACCGAGGCCCGGGUGGGGAAGUCCCAGGAGCCGUCUUCUCGGGUCCAAUGGCGCCGCCUUCGGCUCCGCUCUCCGCGCGGGGACCAGGAGAGACCGGACCCGGCCGGAGAAGGGGAAGGAGGCCGAGGGCUGUGAGGUUCGCCGACGUGGCCGUGUACUUCUCCCCGGAGGAGUGGGGGUGCCUGCGGCCCAUGCAGAGGGCCCUGUACCGGGAUGUGAUGCGGGAGAACUACGGCCACCUGGGCGCGCUCGGGUGCGCUGGUCCCAAACCAGCCCUCAUCUCCUGGUUGGAACGAAACACUGAUGAUUGGGAACCGGCUGCCCUGGAUCCACGGGAGUGCCCAAGGGGGAUAACAGUCCAAAGAAAAACAAGAACCAGAAAGAAGAAUGGAGAAAAGGAAGCGUUCCCACCUAAAGAGCCCCCACGAAAGGGGAAGCGAGGCCGGCGGCCCAGCAAACCCCGGCUAGUCCCCAGGCAGACGUCUGGAGGUCCCAUCUGCCCUGACUGUGGCUGUACCUUCCCUGAUCACCAGGCUCUGGAGAGCCACAAGUGUGCCCAGAAUCUGAAAAAGCCUUACCCUUGCCCAGACUGUGGACGCCGCUUUUCCUACCCAUCCCUGCUGGUUAGUCACCGGCGGGCACACUCUGGUGAGUGUCCCUAUGUUUGUGACCAGUGUGGCAAACGCUUCUCCCAGCGCAAGAACCUGUCCCAGCACCAAGUGAUCCACACAGGAGAGAAGCCCUACCACUGCCCUGACUGUGGCCGCUGCUUUCGCAGGAGCCGGUCCUUGGCCAACCACCGGACCACACACACAGGCGAAAAGCCCCACCAGUGUCCUAGCUGUGGGCGUCGUUUUGCCUACCCCUCCCUGCUAGCCAUCCACCAGCGCACACACACUGGAGAGAAGCCCUACACCUGCCUGGAAUGCAACCGUCGCUUCCGCCAGCGCACGGCCCUAGUCAUCCACCAGCGCAUCCACACUGGGGAGAAGCCCUACCCAUGUCCAGACUGUGAGCGGCGUUUCUCCUCAUCCUCUCGCCUGGUCAGUCACCGGCGAGUGCACUCUGGGGAGCGUCCCUACGCCUGUGAGCACUGUGAGGCCCGCUUCUCCCAGCGCAGUACGCUGCUCCAGCACCAGCUCUUGCACACAGGAGAGAAGCCCUACCCCUGCCCGGACUGUGGCCGUGCCUUCCGGCGGAGCGGCUCCCUAGCCAUACACCGCAGCACACACACAGAGGAGAAGCUGCACGCCUGUGAGGACUGUGGGCGCCGCUUUGCCUACCCCUCGCUCCUGGCCAGUCACCGGCGUGUUCACUCAGGCGAGCGGCCCUACGCUUGUGACCUGUGCUCCAAGCGCUUUGCUCAGUGGAGUCACCUGGCACAGCACCAGCUCCUGCACACCGGAGAGAAGCCUUUCCCCUGUCUAGAGUGUGGCCGCUGCUUCCGCCAGAGGUGGUCUCUGGCUGUCCAUAAGUGUAGCCCCAAGGCCCAAAAUUGCAGCCCAAGAUCUGCUAUAGGGGGGCCCAGCCAGAAGGGCAAUGCCCUUUAGAAUAAAAGAAGGCCUGUGUAAGGUCAUUGCAUUUCAUGGAGGGGCCCAGAGAAGAUAAAGAGAAGCCCCAGGUCAUACAGGGCAAAAUCAGAACUUAAAACCCAGGUUUCUUGCUACACAAACCUGAAGUUUAGUAUUUCCCACCACACUGGCUGCCUGUGUGUGAGACUAGAACAUGGUCCCAUUAGGAGAGGUGCCCUCAUGUGAUUCAAGUUUCUACGUUACCCCAUCCUAACAGAAUUUGUGUGUGGAUAUCAGGGUUAAAGUGGUGGUCUGUUUUUUUCUAGGUUUGCAUACAGGGAUUGUCUGUCCCCUUGCAUGUAGUUCGGAGAACUCUGUUCAUAGGGGACAGAAUCCUCCUACUCUGCCUCUUCAAACCAGAUUUAAACACGCUUAGUUUAGCCUCCUUUUACCACACUUCUGCCAAAUGGUCUUCUACCCUUGCUUUAAAAUCUCCUUUGACAGGGAGCUCACUACCUCACAAGGCAGGUCAGUUCAUUGUGGGAUAGUGCUGACCUCUAUAAGGCUGUUAAAUACUACCUUAUCCUUCCCUGUAAGCCUUCCCCACGAUUGCUACCUGGCAAUUCUUCAGAUAACAAUCACAACUUUACCCUCAUGUUUUUAGGUUGGAUAGCAUUAACUUUGCAUUCCUGAAAGGCAGGAUUUUAAUUCUUGAUAAAUGAUCUCUUUCCAAACAGGUGUUUUUUGAUGUUCCAGUUAAAGGGUCAUAACAAAAAUAAGCCAGCAUGACAGUGUAUACUCUGUACCUGCUUGGUCUGUAUUUGUUUUGACAGUUCUAGCUCGCACUGGAUUUGGGGAGAAGCUCUAUGUUAUUUAGAGCUUAUUAGGCUGCAGAUGCCUAAAUAUGUAAGCUCUUUUAAACCACAUGUUGUAAAGUCAAGUCUUCUGCACUUGUGUCUAGAAAACUGAUUGAAUUGGAUCUGAGACAUAAGUGCCAUGAGCUUUGGGAGAUUUGUUGUAAGGAAAAGCAGGGGAGCUAUGGCUUAGCAUAAGAAGUCAACAUGGCACUGGGCUCUUGUAUUUUAUGUAAUGGAUUAAGAUUAGUUUCAGGCAGUCAGUGGCUGGAAAAUCCUUGAGAACUGGGUCUGUUUUUUUCCUGAUUCUCAUCAGGAGACAUCAGUACAGAAUGUUCCAUGAAUCCUUAGUCAACAGUUUUUUCAUAAAAUGAAUUGAGGCCAUUCAAGAAAAAUAGAAGGGUAACUGAGUACAAAGCAGGAAGAGUCUUCAGUUAUCAAAUUGUGUUCAUGGUCUCUCUCUCACUUAAGCUCCAGGGCAGUGGCAGUGAUGUGUCUUAAUCUUUGACAGGCCUCCAUGGCACCCCUCCCUGAGUUAAUGCGUAGAGUAAGGCUUUAUUGAGUUAAGAGGAAUGGGCCUACCAUUUUGCCUUGUGUAACUGCACCAAAUCAGAAUUUCUAAAUAUGCCAUAUCUCAAAUUCCAACAGCUGGAGUGGUUCACUCAUCUUAUCCCUAAUACUUCUUCCUUUAGCUCUCCUGAUCUCAACCUCAGAGUAGGAGAGCAGCUGGGAAACUGGCUUUUGUAAUUAUCUCCUUUCUGGUAUUUAGCAAGUUGCUUGUAACUUUUUUUCCUUGGUUGGUAAGCAACCUUAAAGAGUCAUACCAGUUUGGGUCUCAUUAAAAUGUAUGAAUAACUUA